AUGUAUGUGAACAGCAUUGGGCCUGUGAAUGCUAUCAAUAUGACCUGGUAUGACAGACGUUUGAAAUUUAACAGUACCAUUAAAGUUCUCCGGUUGAAUAGCAAUAUGGUGGGGAAAAUCUGGAUUCCAGACACUUUCUUCAGGAACUCCAAAAAGGCUGACGCUCAUUGGAUCACUACUCCCAACAGGAUGCUACGAAUCUGGAAUGAUGGUCGAGUUCUCUACACCUUAAGGCUGACAAUUGAUGCUGAGUGCCAGUUGCAAUUACACAACUUCCCAAUGGAUGAACACUCUUGCCCCCUGGAGUUCUCCAGUUAUGGUUAUCCACGUGAAGAAAUUGUUUAUCAAUGAAAGCGCAGUUCUGUUGAAGUGGGCGACACGAGAUCUUGGAGGCUGUAUCAGUUUUCAUUUGUUGGAUUGAGGAAUACCACUGAAGUAGUGAAGACAACGUCUGGUGACUAUGUGGUCAUGUCUGUGUACUUUGAUCUGAGCAGAAGAAUGGGGUAUUUUACCAUCCAGACCUACAUCCCCUGCACACUCAUCGUGGUUCUAUCCUGGGUGUCCUUCUGGAUCAAUAAGGAUGCUGUUCCUGCCAGAACAUCUUUAGGUAUCACUACUGUCCUGACCAUGACUACUCUCAGCACCAUAGCCCGGAAAUCUCUGCCAAAGGUCUCCUAUGUCACAGCAAUGGAUCUCUUCGUAUCUGUUUGCUUCAUCUUUGUGUUUUCUGCUUUGGUGGAGUAUGGCACCCUGCAUUAUUUUGUCAGCAAUCGGAAACCAAGCAAGGACAAAGACAAAAAGAAGAAAAACCCUCUUCUUCGGAUGUUUUCCUUCAAGGCUCCUACAAUUGAUAUCCGUCCCAGAUCAGCAACCAUCCAAAUGAACAAUGCCACACACCUUCAAGAGAGGGAUGAAGAAUAUGGCUAUGAGUGUCUGGAUGGCAAGGACUGUGCCAGUUUCUUCUGCUGUUUUGAAGAUUGCCGGACAGGAGCCUGGAGACAUGGGAGGAUACAUAUUCGCAUUGCCAAAAUGGACUCCUAUGCUCGGAUCUUCUUCCCCACAGCCUUCUGUUUGUUCAACCUGGUUUACUGGGUCUCCUAUCUUUAUCUGUGA